UGUUGAUAAAAGUGUGUUAAAGUGGAAGAUAAAGAUAUCGAAGUUUCAUUCUCCCACAGCUGUUCUGUCGAGUGAGUUUCCCUUUUGAAAGAUAUAUAAAAUGGAAAACACAAUUGUAGCAUUCUUUCAGUUUGGAUUCGUAAAGAGCGUCUCUCACCAUGGCUUGUGUUAGUGUGUUCAGCGUUUUACUUGCCUUCUGUGUAGCAUUGGCAUCAGCAGGAACGAGUUGCACUCAGCAAGAAAUGGCAAAAGAAAACCUCCAAAAGCUUGCCUUGGCGAACAAUGAGCUCGCUUUCAACCUUCAUCGGAAACUUGCCUCUGGUUCUUCAGAAAAUGUGUUUUUCUCCCCCUUCAGUAUCUCCACAGCGUUCGCCAUGCUCUUCUAUGGAGCAAGUGGGGACACAGCUCAGGAAUUAAGAGAGACUUUGGGCUAUGAGAAAGCAGAUAUACUGAGCGAUGUAGUCCACGACUCUUUCAACCGUUUUCUGACCGAAGUUUUAAGCAGUGGAGAUUCUUCAGAUGGAUAUGUUCUGAACGCCGCCAAUGCAGUUCUUUUCGAUAAACGCUUAGAACUGCUGGAGGAAUACAAAAGCGACGUUGAAGAACUUUACAAAGCAGCUGUACGUGACGUAGAUUUCAUGACCGAAGCUCCCAAAGUUGUAAAAGAUAUCAACGCCUGGGUCAGAGAAAAGACGAAUGGCAAGAUUGAGAAGCUUUUUGAUGAGUUGAGUCCCUCCACAGUUUUGGUUCUUCUGAAUGCCGUUUAUUUCAAGGGAACUUGGAAAACUCAGUUUGAAAAGUCACACACAAGAGAUCAAUUAUUUUAUAACAACGGACUGCAGUCAGCAGGAAAGAAAGUUCCACUCAUGCACUUGACAGCUCAAUUCCCCUAUACUUCCGUUGACAACUUCCAAGUUCUGGAAUUGCCCUACAAGGGAGAGAAUGUCAGCAUGCUAAUCCUACUGCCAAAUCAACGGGAUGGACUCCAAGCCCUCGAACAGAAUCUCACCCCGGAAAAACUGGCCGAUGUCCAGCAAAAGUUGUACAAAACCAAGGUUGAAGUCUCCUUGCCAAAAUUCAAGCUGCAAUUCGAGAAGGAGCUCUCACCAGAGAUGAAGGCCCUCGGUGCUAACCAGAUCUUCAAUGCUGGUUCAGCUGACUUCUCCGGAAUGACUUCUUGCAAGAAUGUAUUCGUCAGUCAGAUCUUGCACAAAGCCGUCAUCGAAGUGAAUGAAGAAGGAAGUGAAGCUGCUGCUGUCACAGGAAUUGUCGCCAACAGAAUGAGGCCGAUUGUAGAUAUGACUCCAGUAUUCAAGGCAGACCAUCCUUUCCUUUUCGCCAUUGUGGAGAAAAGCAGUAACAUGAUUUUGUUUUUGGGCCGUGUAAGCAAUUUGUAAAAAAAACCAUAAAUAAAUUCAUUGAAUUUGCUUAA